AUGUAUUCCAUUUUUUCGGUUUCUACACAUCGUUGGGAAUUGCUAAUGGAAAAUUUAGGUGUGACAGUGAAAAGACUUUCCCAAACAAGAUGGAGCGCUCAUUAUGAUGAUGUGAAGCCAGUGAGGGCAAGUUUUGAAAAACUGACAUCAGCCCUUGAAAAAUUGUGUAAUCCCAAAGAAAAUGUGGACACAAGAGGAUCGGCUCAGAUGUUGCUGUCUGCCGUAUGUGAUUUUUCUUUUUUGUGUUACCUUUCUUUCUGGUGUGAAGUUCUACAAGAAGUAAAUAUCACACAAAAAUAUUUGCAAACUGUGGGACUCACCCUUGAAAAGUGCAUUGUGAAACUACAAGGUUUGAAAGCAUUUCUAGCAGAUCAGCGCAGUGAAAUUGUGGAGAAGGCCAUUUGUUAUGCAACUACUACGUGUAAAGAAAUGGACAUUUCAAUGGAAAGAAGAGGGAGUGUAAAGCUCCGUAAAACAAUGCCAGGAGAGAAGGCAAAGGACGCUGGUUUCACAUUGCCAGAGGAAAUGAAAAGUGCUAUGUUUGAGUACCUUGAUCGUUUUCAUCACGAGUUGGAAAUUCGUUCCCAGGCAAUUGAAAAAAUCCUUUCAAUGUUUGCUGUUAUUCAGCCAAACUCUCUGGUUGUGGCAACAGAGAAAGAUAUUCGUAAUUAUACUCCAAAAUUGACUGAGAUUUUUGACGAAUUCUCUAAUGAAGACAUCUUUAGGGAAAUUGAACGUCUUCGGAGGCAUUUGGAAGCUGACAAGAUCAGUGUUGAAGAAGCAAAGAAAUGGACAGCAUUGCAGUUCCUGGAGUUCAUUGUUAAAUGGGAUUAUGGUGAAUCUCUGUCAAAUUUGUCACUGUGUUUAAGAUUCUUUUUGACUCUCUGUGUGUCUAUUGCUUCAUGUGAAAGAAGUUUUUCCAAAUUAAAAUUGAUUAAAAAAAUGUAUUUCGCUCAACCAUGAGUGAGACAAGGUUGACAAAUCUGGCUAUACUUUCAAUUGAGCAUGAAUAUGCAAGGAAGAUUGGCUUUGAUGAAGUAAUCAAUAAAUUUGCAGAAAUGAAGGCUCGAAGGCAGCGGAUGUGAAUCAUUGCACAUUACCUCUGCCGAAUAGACUGAGUGGUCACUUUGGAUCUGUGUGUUUUUUUUGUUUAUAGAAAGCGUAUUAACUGUUAAGUAAAUGUUAAUUAUUUACAUUUUAUUUAUAAAUUAAUUUAUUUUUCAUAGAUCAUUUUUUUUCAAGUUGAUAUACAGUUUAAAACAUAUUGAAAACAUUGAAAAAAUUGUGGGUGUUUUCUUACAUUUUUAUUAUGGGGGGAGGGGUGCCACACUCAGGGUCUGCCCCGGGUGCCAAAUGCUCUAGGUACACCCCUGGUAUCCAGUACUCUUUUUACAAUUCUUGUUUAGUUUUUCUUGGUUUUUUUGGUUUUCUAUUCUAUGUCUGGUUUUCUUUAUGCUGGGUUUUUCUGGGUUCAUUUCUGUAAUCCGUCCCUGGAAUUCCCCAUGUCCAGGUUUCCUUUAAAUGUUUGUUUUAUGUUGCCACACCUGUUUGUUUUCCAUUUUCCUUUUGUUUCAGUCUGGACCUGCAGCAGUGUUUCAAGUCUCUGCCCUUUUUUGCAGGUAAGUGCUAUUGUGGUUUAAUAUAGUUCUUUUAGCGAACAUUAGGCAGUGUAGGACCUGCCGAAUAUGGGGUACAUUGGCGUUGUGGCAGGUUUAUGCAAUGUAUGAUCAUAUAAUGUAACUAAAUCCCCCAUACUUUUCAUAUAUAGUGCUUAGUUAUGUCUCUUGUUUUGCCUAUUAUAUCUUGUCUUGCUUUAUUUUGUAAUCCCAGUCCAUGUACAGUCCUGUCAUGCCCAGGUUAUGUUCAUGUUUCCCUCUUGUAUUGUGUACAUAUUCUGGGUUCUGCUUCCUAUCCUUCUCUGGUUCUGGGUUCUACUAGUCCUGUCUUGUUUUCAUGUUUGGUGCCUGUUCUAGCCUUGCCUUGUUUCAGUACUGGAUACAUCUUAGCAUUUAUCUGCUCUGGCUUCCACUAAGCUGCAACAGGGUCUUGGUUUGUGGCUGCACAAACGCUGGUGCUCAACACCAGGGGCAUGCGAUUACCCAGCACCAGACCUUGCUAAUCUGCCUCCACACUGUGACUCCUCUGAACAUCAGGCAUACUGGGUCCCGGUCCUCGCACCGCCGCCCGGACAGUGUCUGGGUCCCUGGCACUGGACCGCCACCCUGACAGUGCAUAACUUUGCAUUUCUCUAUGUUAAAUUUCAUCUGCCAUUUUAGUGCCCAGUCCCCCAAUCUAUCCAAAUCCCUCUGCAGCAAGGCAAUAUCCUGCUCACAUUUUUAUCACUUUACAAAGUUUUGUGUCAUCUCCAAGCACUGAUACAUGGCUUUCAAUGCCCAUUUAAAGAUCAUUUAUAAAUAUGUUAAAUAGAAGCAGUCCCAAAACAGAACCCUGAGAGACACCACUUUUUAAAUAUAGGAACAACAUCUGCCUUCCUCUGGUACAAUACCUGAAACAAAAGAAUCUUGAAAAAUUAAAGUGCUGCUAACAGACGCUAAGUAGCAGACGUGCUGCUAAUUAAAUCUCCUUGAUUAAGUGGUCAUCAGAAGGCAUGACCACCUCUAAAAAAGCUAAAGGUUUUGCAGUUUCCUGGUUUGGAGCAUUCAGGUGUGUUAACACAAUGCCAAGUAGGAAAUACAUUAGCAAUAAUCGUGAAAAAAACACAUUCAAGACGAUUGUCAAUCUUCCCAGGAGUGGACGACCCAAGCAAAUUCACCACAAGGUCAGACCGUGCAAUGUUAAAGUUCAUGACACUACAAUUAGCAAAAGACUGAACAAGUAUGGUUUAUUUGGAAGAGUUGCCAGGAUAAAGUCUCUUCUCUCUAAAAAGAGCAUGGUGGCACAGAUUAAGUUUGCAUCUGAACAAACCACAAGAUUUCUGGAACAAUGUCCUUUGAACAGACGAGAGCUUAGUGGAGAUUUGGCAAAAACCAAACACAGCACAUCAGCACAAACACCUCAUGCUAACUGUCAAGCACAUUUGUGGAGGGGUGAUGAACUGGGCUUGUUUUGCAGCCACAGGACCUGAGAAUCUUGCAGUCAUUGAGUAGACCAUCAACUCCUCCAUAUACCAAAAGUAUUCUAGAGUCAUAUAUGAAGCCAUCUGUCCGACAGCUUGGCCAAAGUAGGUGAUGCAACAGAACAAUGAUCUCAAGCACACUGGCCCAGUCAAAGUCCAGUCUCAAACCUGAUUGGAAUACUGUAGCGGGACCUUAAGAGAGCUGUGCAUAAACAAAUACCAGCAAACCUUAAUAAACUGAAGCCACGUUGUUGAAAAGAGUGGGCAGAAAUUCCUCCACUACGAUGUGAGAGACUGAAAGUCAUACAGAAAAAGAUUACUCUUGCUAAAGGUGGUUCUACAAGCUUUUGAAUCAUAAAGUUUACUUAGUUUUUCAUACAUAACUUCUUCAUUUUGGCUCUAUUUUUGUUAAAUAAAUUAUGACACGGUGCAAUAUCUCAUGUGUUGUUGUUCAUCUGAGGCUGUAUUUACCUAAUUUUAAGACCUGAUAAGGAACAGAUAAAUUGUUAUGUCCUGAUAUGUAAAUCCAUAGAAUUCAAAGAGGGUGUACUUUCUUUUUCCCCAUGACUGUAUGUUACAUAUUUGCAGUACAGUGGCAUCUCUAGGAUUCAUUUUUAGGGGGGCACAUGGUGGGCCAGAGACAAAAGUAGGGGGAUAGUUAAAAAACAUGUAUGCAUGUGUGUGUGUAUAUGCACACGCUCUCUUAAUCCCUCUGCAAACUGCAGUCUCAGGCCCACUUUAACCAGUCACAACGCAGUACAGGGUAUAUAUACUUCAUGGCUGUCCUUGUUUCCUUGCCUGCCCAGUCAUAAUUUCUCUUUACUCGAGAUUGUGUUUUUGUCUAUACUUGUUUUUUAAACUUUGGCUUGCCUGACUAUCCUUGCUCUCCAUUAUGCUGACUUUAACUUGUUUCUCAAUUCUCAUGUUUACAUUUAUUCUGUCUCUUCCUGCAGGCAUUCCAGCCUAUAUUCUAAGUGCUAGCCCGGUCACUCGAACGAUCAGUACGCAUUCAUACUUUACCUUUAACCAAGGUUUUUUUGACAGUUUGAAACCAAAUGCACAAGUCUAAUAAAUAGUUUGAGCCACUGCCUUUUGUAACAGUGAAAUUGUAGGUUAAGUGCUAUGUGACAGCUCUAUUAGACAAUCAUAGGAUGAUCAACUCAACAGUGCUUGCUAAUUAUGCUGAAUAGUUUGCUUCAUGGUGAAAGGCUGUAUGCUCAUGAGGCACACUGCUGGCAGGAAGCUUGGACAAAGACAUAUUUUAACAAGUUUGGUGAUAGAAGCAUUUUGUUGGCAUUCUUUGAAUUACAUCUGGAGUAUUAGCUUCUUCCUAAUGACCUGACAGGUACAAUUAGCACACCGGUUCAAUCAACAUUCCCCCCCUCCCUUUCCUUUGCAGAGCAUUUUUUGGGGGGCACGUUUCUUUCCCUUUUUUGUUUAGUUACUGCAGCUCUGUGUCCAGCAGUGUGUCCAGUUGGUGGAUUUACCCCAAAAAUAUGCAACUUGCAGACUGAGAUUACAUCGGACACUCUUAGAGCCAAGGACUGGCAUAACCACAUUACUGAAAAACCCAGUAUGUCCAUGAAGAAAUAUCUUAGAAGAGCUUAG